UGACGUCAGGCUCAGAGCGUCAGCUGCUGUUUCCGGGUUUCAGAAUAAAACGCCUCCAGUCAGAGAAAACUUUUCCUGCGGGCUCCUCGUGCGGUUCGGUGUGUUUUCUGAGCUCAGCUUCUGUCUGAUCCGGAUCCUCCAGAACCAGAACCAGAACCAGAACCCGGUCCGUCCGCCUCACAGGUCCACACCAGCAGCAGGAUGUCGACUACGUCUCAGAAGCAUCGGGACUUUGUUGGCGAGCCGAUGGGAGACAAACCGGUGACGGCUCUGUCGGGGAUCGGAGAGAUUCUGGGGAAGAAACUGGAGCAGCAGGGAUUCGACAAGGCCUUCGUCGUUCUCGGUCAGUUUUUGUUGUUGAAGAAAGAUUCUGAGAUUUUCGUCGAGUGGCUGAAAGACGCCAGCGGAGCGAAUUCUCGUCAGGCUGGAUCCUGUGCUCAGUGUCUGAGGGAGUGGUGUGACUCCUUCCUCUGAGACCCUCCUCUUCAUCUGAGACCCUCCUCUUCCUCUGAGACCCUCCUCUUCCUCUGAGACCCUCCUCUUCAUCUGUGACCCUCCUCUUCCUCUGUGACCCUCCUCUUUCUCUGUAACCCUCCUCUUCCUCUCUGUGACCCUCCUCUUCCUCUGUGACCCUCCUCUUCCUCUGUGACCCUCCUCUUCCUCAGACCCUCCUCUUCCUCUGUGACCCUCCUCUUCCUCAGACCCUCCUCUUCCUCAGACCCUCCUCUUUCUCUGUGACCCUCCUCUUUCUCUGUGACCCUCCUCUUCACCAGACCCUCCUCUUCCUCUGUGACCCUCCUCUUCCUCUGUGACCCUCCUCUUCGCCAGACCCUCCUCUUCCUCAGACCCUCCUUUUCAUCAGACCCCUCCCCUUCCUGUCCCUCAGUGAUGUCACACAGGUGUGUUUGUGUGUUUACCUGAAUAAAAUGUUUGUUUGUGAAUUAAA